UCUUCGUCUCCAUUUCCCGCCAAACAAACACAGACAGUGGGUUCCCUCUCCGUCAAGGACGCCGCCGCUCGCACAUGAUGGAUAUUCCCGAUUUGGAUGAGUUGGAAUGGCUCGAAUCCCAUGCCCAGGACGACGAUCAGUUCGACGACGAUUUCGAGCUCGAUGUCGAACCGCCCUCACCCCCUUCAUCACCGUCACUUGACAAGCCUCCACAGCGCCCGCCUCUGUCUCUCCCUCCCAAACCCUCACUUCAGCUGAACCCUAUUUCCAAAAAACGCCCCGGAUCUGAUCUCUCGAGCUCGAUAUCGCUAGACGAAACCCCCAAUCACCGCCUCAACAGUAAUGGAACGAAUGGAAAGAGGAGCAGAAGUGGAGAAGACGAAUCUCGGAGUGAUAAAGUCGCCCCGCCUGACUGCCCGGGCGUCUCUGAGGAGAACAAGGAAGGAAGCGGCGACGACGAGGAGUGGCUGAGAUUCUCGCCGCCGCGGGAUACGAUUGAAGAGAUGGAGGUGGUGGAGGAGGAGCAGGAGAGGAUAUUGUCGAGAUUCGCGACGGAGAUAGACGGGGAUUGUGUGCCUAUCACAGGGUUGGAUGGGGAAAGGGUGUAUGCCAAGAUAUGCACUAGUACGGAGAUCGAUGAGGAGGCGAGGAAUAAGAAAUUGAAUUUCAGACGAGACAAUAAUGGACUCCUUCAGGAACCCGUCAGAGUUAUGAUGGAAAAGGUUGAGCAAGAACAGUUUGCAAAGGCUUUGCAAGGAAGCUUUGACGAUGAUACCGUAGAGGUGGUCCCAUCAUCCGCACCAGUUACUACUGAAAAACUUUGGGUGGAGAAAUAUGCUCCAAGUUCAUUUACAGAGCUUCUCAGUGACGAAAAGACAAACCGUGAGGUUCUCCUGUGGUUGAAACAGUGGGAUUCCUGCGUUUUUGGGUCUGAGAUAAAGAGUACCACUGAUGAUGUUUUAACUUCAUUGAGACGGCAUUCUACAGGCUCCCAUCAUCUUAAACAAUCUUCCAGGAGUUUUUCUCGAAAUAACAGAGAAACCAGAUUUAACAAAGAUAUGAUGAAGGCUGAUAUGGAGUUGGAUAAAGAAAACAACACCUCCCCAGGCAUUCAGGAAAUGUGGGACAAAAAGAACAAAAGUUCUGGUCCUCCAGAACAGAAGGUCCUAUUGCUUUGUGGUUCCCCUGGACUUGGGAAGACUACACUUGCACAUGUAGCGGCAAGUCAUUGCGGGUACCGCGUUGUUGAGAUUAAUGCAAGUGAUGACCGGUCAGCAUCUACCAUCGAAGCUAAAAUCCUCGAUGUGGUCCAGAUGAAUUCCGUAAUUGCUGAUUCAAAGCCAAAGUGCUUGGUUGUUGAUGAGAUAGAUGGGGCCCUUGGAGACGGAAAGGGUGCUGUAGAAAUCAUUCUUCGAUUGUUAGCGGCUGAGAAAAAACUUGAUACUGGAAAAGAAAACGUAUCUCAAGAGGCAAAUACUGGUCGAAAAUCUUCUGGAAAGAAGCAGAAAAGCUCAGUUUUGCUGAGACCUGUGAUAUGCAUCUGUAAUGACCUAUAUGCGCCAGCCUUGAGGCCAUUACGUCAAGUGGCCAAGGUUCACAUAUUUGUCCAACCAACUGUGAGUCGUGUAGCAAACAGGUUGAAAUAUAUUUGUAACAAGGAAGGAGUAAAGGCCAGCUCCGUUGCUCUUUCUGCUCUUGCAGAAUGUACUGAAUGUGACGUACGGUCGUGCUUGAACACUCUUCAGUUUCUUAACAAGAAGAAGGAAAUGCUGAAUGUGAUGGAUAUAAGCUCUCAAGUGGUGGGUCGGAAAGAUGCAACUAAAAGUGCUUUUGAUGUAUGGAAAGAGAUCUUCCAAAAGCAAAGGCCGAAAUCUGGCAGAAGAUCUAACAACUCAAGCAACAACGUGUCCAAAGACUUUGAAUAUCUCUACUCCUUGAUAUCUAACCGUGGCGAUUCCGAGUUAAUAUUGGAUGGGAUCCAUGAAAAUAUUUUUCAGCUCCAUUAUGUUGAUCCUCUGAUGCAAAAGACUGUACAAUGUUUGGACAAUCUGGGAGUUUCUGAUGUAACUCAUCAGUACAUCAUGCGCACACAAAAAAUGUCUCUUCUAGUUUAUCAACCGCCCAUUGCUAUAUUUAUUCAUCGUCUGAUAGCUCAACUUGAAAGAAAGGAUAUUCAAUGGCCAAAAUCCUUACAGAGACACCGAACCAUUUUGGCAGAAAGGAUUGACAUGUUUCACUCAUGGCAUAAUGGAAUAUCACCAUAUAUUUCAAGGCAUUUGUCAACAAAAUCCUUUGUCGAAGACUCAAUUUCGGCAUUGUUGCAUAUUCUUUCACCACCAUCUCUGAGACCGGUUGCACUGCAUUUGCUCUCGGACAAAGAAAGGGGUGAUUUGAUGCAGUUAGUAAAUACGAUGGUCUCAUAUUCUAUGACGUACAAGAACAUCAAAUCUGAUCAACCUGAUACUUGGAGGCGUGAAGAUGAAGCAACCACAAUUGCACUUGAUCCACCGCUUAGCAAUUUCAUACACUUCAAAGACUACAGUUCAUGCCAUAUCGAUCUUGCCUUGGCGGUAAAGCAGGUCUUGGUUCACGAGGUGGAAAAGCAAAAGAUUCUUCAAGGUAGCCUCUCCAAAUCGGCCAAUCUGCGUGGGGAGGAGAACCAUGCCCUUGCAAAGAAUAACGUUGGAACUAGACCACCAUCAAAAUUUAGUUUUACAAAUGGUGCGGUUGAGAAGAAAACGAACCAGAAAAGUCAAGCAGUUGACAAACCUGAACUUCCUAAAGCUGUUGUUGAAGUAAAAUCAGUUCAAAAGACGAAAAAGCCUUCUGGUAGCCUGACUAGUUUUUUCAGCCGGAUUAAAAAGGUUGGUGAAAAAGGUUCUGAAGCUACAGACAGUGAUGUGCCAAAGUCUGCAACAAGCCGGAGAGAUUCACACCCUUUCUUGUUCAAAUUUAACGAGGGUUAUACAAAUGCAGUAAAGAGACCGGUGAAAAUGCGUGAAUUCCUUCUCUGAUUUAUCAAGCUCCAACAGAUAUACUAUAUUGUUAAAACUCCAAUAGUUUUUUAGAAAAGAGAACAGUUUCAGGUGUUUUCCCAUUUUUAUUUUUGAUAAUGUUAUAGUAAUAUUACAACGUAGCGGAUCAUUUCUCAUUUGCUAGGAAAAACAAAAAAGUGUAUUUUCAUCCUAAAAUAGUGAAAAAGUCCUACCAAGGUGUUUAGAUUUUA